GAAGGCCGAAGUCCAUUGUCCACUCCAUCCAAGUCGGCGCCGCUCUGAACUCUCUGGUAGUAACCCGACCGAAGCAAUCCCACUGCCAUCUCGGAUCUCCCCACCUCCCUCCGCUCCACGCAAAGCACCCGAGUCCCCCCACCCCGACCUCCCUCCCGCUCAAAAUCCCCCACCCCCGCGCGCCACGCCACCCCCUCCUCCUCGCCAUCCGUCCUGCCCCCGCCGUGGCGCCGAGCUCGCAUGAGGUGCACCUCCUCCCCGCGCCGUCCGCAGCAGCCAUGGGAGCUCAGCAGAGCGUCAAUGCGGGGAAAGCCAAGGUGGAUGUGCACGUCGACCUCACCCACAUGCUCUGCGAGGCGCUCCUGCUGCCGCCCAUGAGGAACUCUGGCGCCACCUUCUCGCAAAUCGUCGGAAGGAUAUCACUCAAACAUCCAAGCCUAUUUGGGAGGAGCGAGAAGUUAGAUGUCAUAUUGGAUAAGGGUAUCAAUGAAUCCAAUGCUGUCAUUGCCUUUAGACGGCCAAGGCCUGAAUGGUUAUCACAACAGUCAUUUGUCAUUCAGCACACAAUGACACCGGAAAUAGCGGUGCAUGGCUUUCCGGCUGACAACUUCACACGAUCAGGGAGCAGAGGGAUAAAUCUUAGUCGAUUGUCGCUUGGUGUUGAGCUUAAUGAACCAUCAACAUCAAACUGGACAUCCGGAACCAGUGUUAAAUUCGAGCAUAUCCGGCCUGUUAAUAACGAGGGACGCUCCAUAGCCAGGGACCAUGAUGGCUUUCCUCUAACAUGCAGUGGUAACCUCCAUGAUAACAUGAUUAUCUUGAAGCAAGAGUCUGGUUAUGCAGAUGUUAAUGAUAAUAGCUUCUUAAAAGUUAACCUCCAAAUGGAACAAGGAUUGCCACUUGUACCAAAAUCUCUGACCUUCAACAGAGUAAAAUGUGCAGUUUCGAAAGGCAUGAAAUUGGGGCCAACAUUUUUGGUUACUAGCUUGACAGGUGGUUCCAUUGUGGGGGACAUGGCGCCAUAUCAAGCAUUUGCAAUAGGCGGACUUGGUAGCGUACGGGGUUAUGGUGAGGGUGCAGUUGGUGCAGGAAGACUGUGCCUAAUUGCUAACUGUGAAUAUACGGUUCCUUUGGCAAAGCAUCUGGAGGGUUCUAUUUUCAUGGACUGCGGCAGUGACUUAGGAUCUGCUUGUCAUGUCCCUGGUAAUCCAGCUCUUCGACAAGGAAAACCGGGAUUUGGUGUUGGAUUUGGAUAUGGAAUCCACUUUAACACAGACCUUGGUCAAAUCCGAGUCGACUAUGCUAUGAAUGCCUUCAGUCGCAAGACGAUCUACUUCGGUAUCAACAGUGGUGGCGGUUCAUAGAUUAUGAAUACAGAGGAUUCACAUAGCAUAGAAUUGGCAGUUUGGCACUCAAAUUGAUUCUUUGCCAUAAGAUGGACACAAACCCUUCUUUUUUCCAUUUCAACUAGUGCUGACAUAAGCCGGUGGUUCUAACUUGUGACUUCUGGCAGACCCCUAGAUCAGUAGACCCAGUGGGUGUUCCAAACAUGCCACCGAAAUCAUUUGCAUGUUUGUGCCAGCAUUCGGAAGCUGUACAGUUGAGAUGUGUGCCUUUUGUAUUUUCUCCUGUUUGGAGAUUGAACAGAUGGGCCAUAAGAUAGACAUGCACGAACAGCAAACCCUGUGAGAUGUGGAAAUUUUGACGCUUCUCAUGAUCUUAUUCUUUUAUAUAGAAAUGAGAAAAAUACAUCAUUCAUGAUGGUCUGUCAA